AUGGCCAAUCCUCUAGUCGCUGCGCUCGGUCCAGUAGGUGGUCUUGCAGCAUGUGCUUGCUGCUUAAUUAUUGCUGCUAUUUGGGGUCUUUUCGCCACCAUGAUUGCAUUGGCAGUAUAUACUAAAGAAUGGCGAGAUGCCAUCCGAAGAGCCAAUAACAUAAGUGGUGCUGGAGAUGUACAGAUGUUCUUUAGCCAUGCUCUACUCCUCUGCAUCCUCUGCAUAUAUGGUUAUGUUGGACUUCGACGAGCAAUCCGCUCAGCUAAUUAA